GCAUGGUACACAUGCCGAUUUUUCCAUUUGCUCUGGCUCCCUAUAAAUUGAGGGAAGACUGGAGGAGUGCAGCACAAAGAAGCAGUGUGAUCGCUGAGAACAGACAAAAAGAGGAGGCAGGAUGAGAAGCCGCGUGGUCGUUUUGGCACUGACGAUGGUGCUUGCUGUUGUCUUCUCUGCCCACAACUCCUUCGCCCAAGAUGAGGUUAAUAAUUAUGAGGCACCAAGUGAAGAUGAUGCUGUUGGUACUCGAUGGCCGUGCUGCGACAAGUGCGGUGCAUGCACCAAGUCUAUACCGCCACUAUGCCAAUGCCUUGAUAUAGGGUUUGCCUGCCAUCCAAAGUGCAAAAAAUGCGUGCGGACGCUCCACUUGAUCUACCCGCCACGGUACCAGUGCAAGGACGUGCUCCCCAACUUUUGCAAGCACAAGUGCAACCCCAAGCCACUCAACGACGAGUAGCAGCACUGCCGAGUCGCCUACCGUUGCGCGCAUCCCCGCAUAUCUAUUUCUAUCUACGUAAAUAAACUCGUUGCCUUGAGUUGGGUUAUAAUUCAGCCAGUGUGGCGUGCUUCCUGUACUUUAAGAUGUGUGCUGUACCAUGUUAUCGAUCUAUUAAAUAAUGAUCAGCUCUCGGGGCUUGGAAUUUGUUGGAA